CUGCUGGCGGCGCUCCAGCGCGGCGCACUAAUACAGGCAGCCGGCUCCCGCCUGACUGACGCCGGCCGGGGCUGCUGCUGCCGCUGCCGCUGCGCCCUGGCCCCGCCACCGCCGCCGCCGCGCAGCUGCAGCCCCAGCCCCGCUCCCAGCCCCGCUCCCUCCCUGCGAGGCACCGAGACCCCAGCCCGAGCCGGCGGCAGGCUUCAUCGGCAGUUUCUUGAUGUUUGGGAAGUUCUGAGACCCACCCUGUUGGACUACUUGUAACCAGCACCUGAGACUACAAAAUCCUCUCUUGGAAAGAAGCAUCCAUCUCAAUAUUGUAAAAGCUCUGCAAGCCUUGCAAGGCAGGAGAGUGAUUCGUGCUUCCGUUGACACUGGUGUGUGAUCUCUGCUUCUUAUGCACUCCAGCACCCCUAUCAGCUCCUUGUUCUCCUUCACCAGCCCUGCAGUGAAAAGGCUGCUGGGCUGGAAACAAGGAGAUGAAGAGGAAAAGUGGGCAGAAAAAGCUGUUGAUUCCUUGGUGAAGAAGUUAAAGAAGAAAAAGGGUGCCAUGGAAGAACUGGAAAGGGCUCUAAGCUGCCCGGGUCAGCCCAGUAAAUGUGUCACGAUCCCACGUUCCUUGGAUGGGCGGCUGCAGGUGUCUCACCGCAAGGGGCUGCCCCAUGUCAUAUACUGCAGAGUGUGGCGCUGGCCUGAUUUACAGUCUCACCAUGAAUUGAAACCACUGGAAUGUUGCGAGUUCCCAUUUGGCUCCAAACAGAAAGAAGUGUGCAUUAACCCCUACCAUUACCGGCGGGUGGAAACCCCAGUCCUACCUCCUGUACUCGUUCCAAGACACAGCGAGUUUAACCCUCACCUCAGCCUCCUUGCCAAGUUUCGAAAUACUUCUCUGCACAGCGAGCCUCUGAUGCCGCACAAUGCCACCUACCCCGAUUCUUUCCAGCAUCCCCCGUGCACCCCUUUUCCAUCGUCACCCAGCCACAUGUUCUCCCAGUCACCCAACAGCAUCAGCUACCCCAACUCACCAGGAAGCUCUUCUGGACCAGGAAGUCCCUAUCAGCUCACAGUGGAAACUCCACCGCCACCUUACCAUGCAAGAGAAACUCCAGGAAACUUAAAUGGGCGGUCAAUGGAUGCAAUAUCUGAAAGCCAGCUAGUGCUGUCUUUGCCCAACGGAGGUAAAUCUGCCGAUGGAGAAACUGAAAAUUUUCGACCUGUUUGCUAUGAGGAACCCCAACACUGGUGCUCAGUUGCAUACUAUGAACUCAACAACAGGGUAGGGGAGACUUUCCAGGCUUCCUCUCGAAGUAUCCUCAUAGAUGGAUUUACAGAUCCCUCAAAUAACAAAAACAGGUUCUGCCUGGGACUGCUCUCAAAUGUAAACCGCAAUUCUACUAUAGAAAACACCAGGAGACACAUAGGAAAAGGUGUUCAUCUGUACUAUGUCGGUGGGGAAGUUUAUGCUGAAUGUGUCAGUGACAGCAGUAUUUUCGUGCAGAGCCGCAAUUGUAACUAUCAGCAUGGCUUCCACCCAGCCACUGUCUGCAAGAUCCCCAGCGGCUGCAGCCUUAAGAUCUUCAACAACCAGCUCUUCGCCCAGCUGCUUGCCCAAUCAGUCAACCAUGGCUUUGAAGUGGUAUAUGAGCUGACCAAGAUGUGUACAAUUCGAAUGAGCUUUGUUAAAGGCUGGGGAGCAGAGUAUCACCGCCAAGAUGUUACAAGCACGCCCUGCUGGAUUGAGAUCCACCUGCAUGGACCAUUGCAAUGGCUGGAUAAGGUGCUGACACAGAUGGGCUCACCUCAUAACCCCAUCUCCUCAGUCUCUUAGGAAUCAUCUCUAGAAUUCCCUUAGGAUGGAUGCUAUUGCAGGCAGUGGCUUAUAGGAUUUCCGGUGAACAGAAGCUUCUAUAUGUAGAUGUAUGUAGAUGUAAAUAUUCCUAUACAUAGUCUACUCUCCUAUUUUUUUUUUCAUGAUGUUUUGUGGUUUCUAGUUACUCUGAUGCCAGUACAAUAAGUUUAGAAAUUCAGGUAUAGCAUAUCUGUUCUCUAGUACAAAAUAAGCCAAAUUCCUGCAAAAGUGUCAGGCAGUUUCUGUGAGCAUCUUCAUUCCCCAGCCAAGCCAGUAAAUGGUGCGAAUUCUCAGCACUUUCACGUGGAUUCAGAAACCUGGCUGUAGCUGUUCCUAGUAGGUGAAAUUCACCCCUCUGCAGGCAACCAAAGUCAGAUCUCGGCACCAUUUGUAUCCAUCGUACAUCCUAAUUUCAGGUCUAAAAGUGGACCUUAAGUGGUGCACAAGACUUAUGUGUAGAGAUGACUUUUUUCCAGUGAACUGAAGGACUAAACAGCAAUUCCAGUCUGUCUCCCUACGGCAAAGCGCGAUGGGACAGCAGAUCCUCUGAGGAGCUGAGACCCCUGUCUCCCCUAGGAUUUGGCAGGAGCUCGAGAUGCCUUCAGCUCUGGAGCCUUAUCAGAGCAUUCUGGACACACCUGAGUAGUCUGAUACUCUUAACACAGUAGUGUACGGUACUGCUGCACUGAAAAGCAACAAGCUCCUAAGAAAAAAAAAGAAAAUUUGAAAUAUAUGCCUAGAAGUUUAAAAUCUAAUUAACUUCCAGUACUUUUUUGCAAAGUACAUACAUACUUGCAUAUGUAUCCGGCAUGUAAACUGAAUUCUAUCCAUUAUACAGUAUUGAUGUAGUUUGUUUUAAAGUUAGGACUAACUGUAGUUAGACUACUGUGCUGAUAUCAAGGGUACGUCUAAAAGGGACUUGAACUGUGAUUCAGAAAAAGGAAAUGAAGUGUGCAUUGAAGAACUGAGUAAUUCAUCUUGGGAUGGUCUCUGCAUUGGGAACAGGAAGCCCCACGCUCACAGGAUGCACUGAGGAGGAGGCGUGAGCCAGUCACAUCUAUUACCUGUGCUGUGCCAGUCCUCAGGAUCUGACCGAAACGCUUGGGUUUGACAAAGGGGGCUUCCCUGCCAGUCACUUCGUACAUCCCCAUGGAUGGUUCCUCAUCUUAGAUACAGGCUUCAUCAUUUGCAGCGGUUUUGCCUCGCCUGCAGGGAGUGGCGAGGCAGCGUAAGCCACGAACAAGCAAAGAGUGAGUCUAUGUGCAAACCUUUUUUUUAAAAAAAGCUCCUAGUCUGUGGUCCUUCUGUAAGCAAGAAAAAUUACUGUCCGUACUGUCACUCACAGAGCCAGCCUUUCAAAAUGCUGUUCACCUGGUGGCCUUUUUUGAGGAGGCAGGUGAAACCCUACUGCCUUUUGGCAGUCCCUGUUACUUUGCUGAAAGGGUACAGGAUUAGCUCCUUCCAGGCAUAACAGACCACUGCUUUUUUUUUUUUUUUUUCCCUGUAACGGUCAAAAAGAGUGAUAAUUUCUCAAAGCUUCUUUGGAACAUACUAGAAGUAUAUUGAGAAAAAAAUGUUUUACAGAGAGUUUCUUUUCCUCUCACAUGAUAUCUGGUGCUACGCAUUUUACUGCAUGAUUAGAAGAGGAUGCCUGAAAUCUUCAGGUCCAUCGCAUAUGCAAACCAAAUAACAUUCAUUGGAAAGACUUGCUGUGUCUUUUAGAUGCUAUGUAAUACCUGUUACGAGGUGGUAAUCAUGAGGAGAGCAGAAGAAUGAGUAAAAUAGAGGGGUUACUUCCUUUGAAUGCACCAUCGGCUGCCUCCAGCAUUGGUAGGACACAGAAGGAUAAAUGAUCAUUAAGACUGAGCAGUAUUUGCAGGUUUUAUAGAAAAUUUGUAAAUGUGAAGAACCCUAUUCUGUCACAAUUUGCCAUCAGUAGUGUCAGUAUGGAAUAGGAAAAGCUUUAUGGUCUCCUGCAGCAAUGAAAUCCAGUAAUAACGUUACACAGAAACUCCAGGCAUUUUCCUCAGCUCUGUCUUCAAUCUCCCUGAUCCUUUAUCCUAAAUUCAUCCUUGCUUUUUAGGCUAAAACCUCCUUCCCUCCUAAUAUGUAGGGAAGCCUAUGGGUUGCUUUUAGACAUCUCCAGCACUGUCAUCUUCCUCCCAGAGAGCAAAGGUGGCCUUGCUACAGUGCUCCUGCUCUUGAACAUCUCCAAAAUCCAGUUUCCUGUUGAUUCUGCAGAAGAAAAAUUAUGGUUAGUGAGUGAAGAGAAGCAGGUUUUUCUGAGGCAUCAUUCGUCUCAUCGUAAGGUGUUUCAGGCAGGUCAGAUACACUGCACCCUGAGCGUGUUUUGUCUGCCCACUGAGUGCAAGGAGAACGCAUGGUCACUAGCUCGGAUGUGGGCUGCUACGUUGGACAUACCCAGAAGCAGGAGAGGUUGGCCCCUGGAGAGGUGAAACAACUUUCACAGCCUGGCAGUGAUGCUUGCUUAGUAAGUGUCUGUGUUUUUCAGUGGAAGUUGGUAAAUUCAGAGCAGCUUUUCCUUUCCUGUAUUUCUACUCCUUUCUCUAAUCCUCAUAUCCUCAUGCAGAUAGCCCUUCUGGCUUCACUGCAACCCAUACUUGCAUCUCAUUAAAGGCAUUUCCCUUCCUUUUUGAUCAAAGUCUCUCUUCAGAGUCCUCUCUUGUAUACAAAUUGAGAUCAAUUAAAAAUUUGGUUUUAUCAUAAUUUACAGCAAGGCAACUUUGUAUCUCACUGUAAUGAGAUCCAAAUAUCACUGUAAUGAGAUCCUUCCUUUUGGAAGGAGAUAUUUUCUGCUGAAAUAUCUUCAUGAACCUAUCAACCUAUAUUCAAUUUAAAGCCUUUAAAUGCACUCAUUAAUAGUCGAGCUUUUGAGAUGGACUUCCUGAGAGAUUUAAAACCACUUAGGGGCAGACUGCUUACUUGAGGGCAGCUUUUUUCAAAUGUUUUUGCGAUCCAUCAACAAUCCAAACCCUCUUGAAGGUUUCUGUGGAUAAAUACCAUGCAUCAUCAGGCAGUGAUGGGCGUUGAUCAGGCGGUGGCGUAAAGCACAUCCAUCACGGUACCAGACCACUAGCUUUUCUGUUGAGUAGUCAAGAGACGACUGCUUAAUUGCGGCCAGUUCUCCAGCAGCACCAGUAUUAACGUGCCAUUUGCAUCCAGAGGUGACCAAAGCAGCUACAGCACGCUGUGUGAUGCCAUUCAGUGCCACUGUUGCUCUGACUGCUUAGGCCCCGACCUUGCCCUGGAACAGGUGAUGAGGUAUGUUGGAGCAAUGGCUGUAGCAUUCAGAAGUGCAGCACAUGCUUUUUCUCCCCGUCAAACCCUUCCUUACAGACAACCCAGCUGGCUAUGCCUGAUGGUGUUUUCACCCACAGCAUGUCCAGGCAGCCCCCGUGCUUUGAAGGCUACACUGAGUUGACUUUUCACAAGGGCUCUGCAGUGUGCUUGCCAGUAUUCCUGUAAAGCCACAAGCAUCUUUACUCAUCAGUAUGUCGUGUUUUGCCAUGCUCGGUCUGUGUUAGCAACAAGAAUGGGAACUGUGGCCCCGAGUAACAUCAGCUGGAGUCAAAGAAAUUCCUUCCAUGUCUCCAGCAAGUGCUGUGCCAAGCCUUUCAAUACCCUGAGCAGCCUCUAAGUGGUCCCUGCGUUGAGCAGGGCAUCGGAGUAGAUGCCCUGCAGAGAUCCCUUCCCGUUUACAUUGCUCUGUGGUUCUGUGCAGACACCCGGUGCUAACGGGCCGCCGCAGGCAGGAGCUCUCUGCUAGCAGAGACAGUGUCAGGAUGAAGCAUGGUUAUUUAUCCUCAGCUAUUUUUUCACGAGUUCAAUGCAGGACAGAGUUGCUAGGUAUUAAUGUUCCCUCAGUAUAAAAUCUGCGCUGGAAGCACCUCUCACUGUAAACAUCAUCUCCACUGCACAGCUCUUAAAGUGGAGCAAAUCAGGCAUUUGUGUCUAACUUUAUCUCAUCUGCCUUUGUUCCUCCUCACAAACCUACUGAACACAGCAUGUCCCGUGUGCUCCCCAAGCCAAAGGCGAGUUCAUUGCUCAGGAGAAGCCAGAAGUUACUUGACCUUCAAGGUCAGUGUGCUUCCCUGAGAGCAUGGAAGAGGUUAGGUCACCAUCUGUUAAAAGUGAGACUGAAGAUAGAGUUGGUCCCAUCUUGCAGUAGGGAGAGUGAUUAUGUGAGGCUUUAGAUCUGUGAACAAAACACUUCUCAACCUGGAGACUUCACUGCAGCCACUGAAAGAGGGCUGCUUCUUGGUGCAGCUCUGGGAGUACCUUUCUGCAAAGUACAGAAAGCCAGAAUGGGCAUUUAGUCUUUGUUAAGCAGAGAGAAAUCGCUUAGUGUCUCUAGUGUAGACUCUUCUGCAUGUGCACCAGCACAGGACUUUAGUUUGUACUGAUCACCAACUCUCAGGAGCUCCAGAGUGGCCAGGAGUGACCAAGAGCCUGUUCCCUGUUCACCCCAGGGCUUUCCAAACAGUUUGCCUGGGGGCACCUUAUGUUACAUUGCCAUAUUGGUGCCACAUUUAUCUGCCAAGGAGGCGAGAUGUCUGAGAGCCCUGUCAGGAGGAUGCUUCCACUUGUACCCAAGCCAUGCUUGCAAACUUGGUGCCUGUACAGCUGAUGAAUCUAAGUUGCAGGCCACGUCUCUUAUGCAAGGUAGACAUAACCACUAAUUCCUCCAGAGUCAGCUACUCUUCCAUUAUAGCCAAUGUGAACAUUUGCAGCUAUUUGUGAACGGUUUUUAGAUCUUCAGUCAUAGUGUUUUUAUUAUCCAUGGAUGCUGCUAUUUUAUAUUCCGUGUUAGUCUUCAAAUAAUAUUGCAUAUGAAUAGCAUAGGAAGAAAUAGACCAACCAGUUAAUAAUUUUAAAUACAGACCUCAUCAGCAAAGAAAAGCUAGAAAAAAAGUUGGUAAAGUCUGACCCCUUGCACUUUCACUGUAGUGAGCACAUCAUCUGUUUCGAAGUGGUUUUUUGAUGCUGAAGUGUGUGUUACAUCUUACUAAUUCAGAUAUGUCCAUGAGAUGCUUUGCAAACAGGAGAGCAAGGGAACAAACGUAACGACGAGCAGAGAUAAUGCACCUCUAGAUACAUUUUUUUCACUUAUUCAAGUAAUUGGAGUUCAUUUUAAUUAUUUAUAAUACUAAGUACGAGUUAAAUGUACCACAGUGUAUUUUCUCCAAUCAAUUCAGUGUUAGCAAUUUAAUCCCUCAUUUCAGUAUCGCCUCUGCCAUUCAAAUUGGGCUGAGAAGUGGGACAAAAAAAAGAAACAGGCCUUUUUGUGUGGAUCAUAAAACUUGCAAGGAUGUAUGCAACCAAGGGGCCAUAACGGUGGGUUUGAGCAAGGUCUGUUUUCUUUGUGUUAAGUACUAGCUGUCACAGCCUGGUACAAAAAAGGGAAAUGUGAAACACGUAAAGAUUUAAUGGUACCACUUCUGUCUACGAACAAUUCUGCCCUCUCUUCCAUCGCAGUCAAGGCAAAACUUCUUCACCACUUGGAAGAAGAAAGUAAAUAGUAUUCACAGUUAGUGAUAUUCUGUACAACAGUGUGGAUCACUGUGUAAAUACAUCUAGUUGGACUCUUGCCUCUUGAGAACAAGAAAUCUGAGACAUACUUUCAGGAGUCUGAGAGAUCAGGGCAGCUCAGAGUCCUCUGAUCAGCCCCAGAGUACUCUAACCCGUGCUCUGGCGUAUCAAGAAUACAACUGCUAAUCAAGUGGAUGAUUUCACCAGUAUUCCUACUGCUGCGUCUGCUUUGAGGCAUCCUGAAGUCAUAUUUAGCCUGAUGUUUGAACAGUACACUUUUUAACACACUCCAUUUUCUUUGGCUGGAACUAUUCUAUUGUAAAAGGGAUUAUUCACGUCUUGUGUUUUACUGUUAAUAAAGUAUUUCUGAUUUAAGAA